AUGCCCUCGCCAUUCACUCGGAAAGUAACAACAUCUCACCGACUGAGGAGUCCCUCCAAUCAUCGCCGUGAUGCCAUGCGACACUCCCGCUUACCCCCUCCACCCCCCUCCAACGCACAACCCCCAUCCAUCUCCCGCGCACUCCUCUUCUUGAUCGGCUUCUCAACCCUUACCUUCACCUCGGCAGCCUACUACUCGCUCCGGCAAACGGAAGGUAUCGCUUGCCAGCUUGGCAGCUCACGAGAUGUAUUCUCCAACAUAUCUUCCUACUUGACCUCCUCCUCCUCCUCCUCCUCCUCCUCUUCCACUAGCUCCAGCGGCAAUGUUUGGGGGCCGGGGAUAACAGAUGAAAAGCUCUCCAACGCACAUGCCCACGACACGGCCACAAAGCUUGGUGUUCGGAUGCAAUCGCUUCUUGGAUGGUGUGAACAGUUGCACUUUCCUGCUGCGCUCACAGAGUUUAUCGGUCGGACGUAUAUCAUCGUUGCUGAAGGCUAUCUUGAACUUCCACCUUGCAAACAGGCGGUUGUGCCCAUUGUAGCGGUGAACAGUAUUGUUUUUGCUGCAUGGUCCAUCGCUUCGUUGCGACGAGGAGCCGGGGGAAGAAUGUACAAGUGGAUGUCUAGGCAUUUCGUUCAUCGUCCAGGUUCCAACCGUCUGCAUACUAUGGUUAGCUCAGUGUAUAGCCAUCAAGCUGCGCUGCAUUUGGUGUUUAAUAGCAUCGCACUUUGGUCGAUCUCCUCGUCGGCGCUGAUCUUGGCUUCUACGGGAUAUGCCUAUACCAACUCUCGCAUUCCUGAGAGUUGCGCAACACCGCAUUUUUUGGCAUUCUUCACAAGCGCCGGCUUAUUCGCAUCAAGCGUAUCGCACAUUGUCGCUGCUAUCCGGUUCAAGAGGUUAUCCUGCCUUCUAAGCCUGCCGAUAGCAAAAACUAUGAUGGCAAGAGAGGCGAGUUUAGGAGCAAGUGGUGCGGUAUACGCAUGUUUGAUCAUGUCUGCUUGCGCUUUUCCACAGGCUCAGUUAGGGAUUAUAUUCUUACCCUUUGUUACAGUUCCAAUUGGCGUUGGCGUGGCAGGGUUGGUAGCGGUUGAUGUUCUAGGAGUUCUAAGGGGUUGGAGAGUUUUUGAUCAUUGGGCUCAUUUGGGUGGAGCAGCCUUUGGAGGAUUGUAUUGGUACGGCGACGGAGUGAGAGCGUGGGAAGGGCUGAAGAAGUGCUUAGUGGAGAGAGUUGGCUUUGGGAGCGGACAGCGGGGGAGGGGGUUUCAAUAUGCCAACGAGCCCAGCUGA